GGCGGGUCUGAGGCUCGGUGUGGGCGCCAUCCGCAUUGACUCUGUCUCGGGGCCGGGAUAGGGACCGCAGGGCCUGGGCCCCUGCUUCGCCCACAAACUCUGCUGCAGGGGCCGCGCUGAUGGAUCCGAUUCAGGUUUGGGGAACAACUCAUAUAUUAUGUCCGUGUACCUCUCUGUGAUCAUCAAAGACUACAUGAAAAUCUGGUGCGUCCCUUUUAAGAAGCGUGAAACCUCGCCCCCUUCCUCAGAGCCUCACUCCCAGCAACCCUGGCAGAGAGGCGGCACCUUUCCUGGAGGAGGGGAGCACCGCCCCUUGCCAGGUCCUGGAGGCCUGUGAACUACAUUACCCUGAAGGCUCUGCGCCCGUUCUUCGGCGCCCCUGGACCAAUAAAGGCUCAGUAAAGAGGCACUUCCGAGCUAGUGGACUGCGUCUGGGCGGCUUUUCCGGCGUCUGCCGUGGUCGUCAUUUUGUAAACUCCGAUGUGUUCAAAGGUUAGCAACGCAGGGCCGGCCCGAGGUCAGGGAGUCAGGAAGGAACUGUGCCCGCUGCUCUGAGCUUAGUCUGAGGCUCGGUGUGGUUGCUCUUUGGCCUGACUCUCUCCCGGGUCCGGGAGGGGCGUCCGUGCUCGGGCCCCACCUUCGCCCACAAACUCUAGCGACGGCGACAGCCCAGAUGUGUCGGAUUCAGGGCCCUGUGACCUUUGAGGACGUGGCUGUGUACUUUUCCCAGGAGGAAUGGAAGCUUCUUGAUGAGGCCCAGAGACUCCUGUACCAUGAUGUGUUGCUGGAGACCUUUGUACUUGUUGCAUCAUUGGGUUGUUGGCAUGGAGCAGAGCACAAGGAGAUAACUUCUGAGCAGAAUGUUUCUAUAGAAGUGCCACAAAUAAAUACUUCAAAGACAGACCUGUCCAUCCGGAAGUCCUAUCCCUGGGAGAGGUGCUGCCUGGCCUUAGACAGUAGUUUGUGUGUAGCUGAAGACCUGGGAACAAUUCCUGGCCAGAAACUGUGUGUGUCAGGUGUGAAAUUUCACCAGCACAGUGGAGGGAAAAUCUUUAGAAGAGACAUGGGUAAGACCUUUAUGAGGAGCCACAUAGUCCAUGCAUCCAAGAACUCUUUCACAUGCCAGGAGGCUGGGAAGGAUUUCCCUGGUAGCUCUAGCCUUCUCCAGCCACAGGUCACUCCACAAAAGGAAGCCAAGUGUGCAGAGGCCUUUCACAAUGGACAUAGCCUCUAUAAAUACUAUCUAUGUGAGAAAGCCUUCAGCUGCAAACACAAACUGGCUCAUCACCCGAGUGUCCACACUGGAAAGAGGCCUUACGAAUGCAGUGAAUGUGGGAAAACCUUCAGCUUUAAAGGGAUACUUGUUAAGCACCAGAGAAUCCACACUAGAGAAAGGCCUUAUGAGUGCUGUGAGUGUGGGAAAGCCUUCAGCUGGAAAAGCUCGCUUGUUCAGCACCAGAGAGUCCACACCAGAGAAUGGCCUUAUAAGUGCAGCGAAUGUGGGAAAGCCUACAAACACAAAAAUUCACUUGUUAAGCACCAGAGAGUCCACACUGGAGAAUGGCCUUAUAAGUGCAGUGAAUGUGGAAAAGCCUUCAGACACAAAAAGUCACUUGUUCACCAGAGAGUCCACACUGGAGAAUGGCCUUAUAAGUGCAGUGAAUGUGGGAAAGCCUUCAGACACAAAAAGUCAUUUGUUGAGCACCAGAGACUCCAUGUUGGAGAACUGCUUUAUAAGUGCUGUGAAUGUGGGAAAGCCUUUAUUUCUAAAGUAAACCUUUGUCGUCACCAGAGAGUCCACACUGGAGAAAGGCCUUAUGAAUGCAGUGAAUGUGGAAAAACCUUCAUUUAUAAAGACAGUCUUGUUCGGCACUGGAGAGUCCACACUGGAGAAAGGCCUUAUGAGUGCAGUGAAUGUGGAAAAGCCUUUAGCCGCAAAGACUCACUUGUUAAGCACCAGAGAGUCCACAGUGGAAAAUAGCCUUAUAAGUGUAGUGAAUGUGGGAAAACUUUUUUUAAAAAAAUAUUUAUUGUUUGGUUGAUUGAUUUAGCUGUGCUGGGUCUUAGUUGCAGCACCCUGGAUCUUUGAUCUUUUUUGCGGCAUGCAGGAUCUUUAGUUGAGGCGUCUUCAGUUGAAGCCCCUGGGAAAACUUUUAAAUAGUGACCCACUCACACUUGUUUGGCACCAGUGAAUUCAUAUUGGAGAAAGGCCUUAUGAGCGCAGUGAAAGGGGAAGUUCUUUAGCCAAAUCUCCAACCUUAUUGUACACCAGAGAAUUCACACUGGCACAAAGACUUCUGAGGGCAGUGAGUGUGGGAAGUGAUUUAGCCAAACUGCUCUCGUUUUACACAAGAGAGUUUACACUGGGGAAAGGCCUUAUAAGUGCAUUGAAUAUGGGAAACAUUUUAGUCAAUACUCCACUGUCAUUAAGCACCAGAGUUCACACUGGAGAAAAACCAUAUGAGUGCACUGUAUGUGGAGGAUUCUUCAGCCAAAACUCCCAGCUUACUCAACACUGAAAAGCUCAUGCUACAGAAAGGCAUCGCCGGUACAGCAAAUGUGGAAAAUUUUUCUGUCAGAGUCUGCUCUGACUGAGCACCAGAAACUUAACAGCCCAGAUGGAUCCUGUGAGCACAGUGAAUGUAAGAAAUCUUUCAACUGAAGGUCUAACCUCAUUCAUCACCAGAAAGUUCCUACUGGAGAAAGACCUUCAAAUGUGAUGAGGAGAGCAGCGAAUGAGCUGUCUCCUUAGUUAAUACAUCAUACUAAGUAGGCUCUGUGAGGGACUCAUCAUCUGGAAGUUGAAUGCCAUACAUCUGAACAGCCCUAGUGUGCAGAUUGCCUGUAAGUUCCAGGUUCAUAGGAAGCUUUUAAGGAGCUAUGCUCUACUUCUGACCUGUGCAGGGCCCUUGCCAUAUUUAAUGUCACUGUGAGUUUCUUAUCUCUACUAAGUGGCAGAUCCCAAUACUGGAAUCAGUCACCUCAGUGUGAUCAGGGUAGGUUGGCUUUUGUGCUCUCCUAUCCCUUGUAGAAAAGCAUGGAUACCCUGAGCACUUGGGUUUUGUCGUUCUCUUAGUUCCUGUCAACUGCCUAUGACAGGACCAAAGCAGCUUUGAUCAUGGGGAUCCAGUCCAUUUUCUCCUGGUGGCUCACAGUGGUUUGCCUUCUUUGGUGGCAUUGUCUAAUACCAUGUUAAUGGUGGAUUUUAUUUAGGUCCAAGUCACCCUGUUUGGGAAUUAUCUGCCUCAGUUUUUCUGCUCUAUGCCAUAAUAAAAACUAUUAUUUAAGCCACCUUUCAUCUUGGGCUUUGUCCACUGUUAGACUGAUGUUGAGAAGCAAAUUGGACUCUCAGGAUGAAGAGGAGCAGGUUUUGUGGGUGUUCCAAAGUUUGUAUACCUCACUGGGGAUAGUAUCAUGGUGGAGAAUAGUUUUCACUAAUUUGAAUUGUUGUUGAAGGUUUCCUGGGGUAGACUGCAGGGCUCUGUGGGACUAAUGUUGUGACCUGGAUGUUAGAAUUUUUGGUGGGUCCUGAGGUCACCCUGAGAUGAGGACAGUUGUAUGAACCACCAGUGUUUUUUGGAGCUGCAUAAGUUCUCUUUUUUCACAUGGAAUGUCACAUCAUGACCUCAGUACUGUUCAAGAGAAGAAUUUCUCUAGGUCCAGCUGGAAAAGAGCCGUGUGCCAUAAUGUCCACGUGUGCUAUGAUGUCCGUAAUGUGGUAGGCUGGUGUUCAUGACUGUUAGAUUACAGAUAUCAGGAGGGAACCAUAUUUGGUACAGAAACACUGGGAAUUAAUAGGAUAUGAGAGACUAGCAACAAGAAGGGAUGAGCCUUUUCUAAAGCUGCAUCCAUGAAUGUUCCCAUGACUGGCUGUUUAGGAUAAGGUUUUUGCAGAAAUUCUCAGGAGCUACAGAGCUAUUUCUCUCCCCCUGAGCCCCCAGUCUGUGUCAGACUGAAUAACGUAAAGGUUUUAGGAUUCCUAUAGCAUCUGCAAAUUUUUUCUCUGAAGUCCACUGCUGCACAGUGAAGACAAUGGGGAAUGAGAGUGGAAAUCAUGCAGUUCAGGCAUGUGAAUUUUAGGACCCAGGCAGAGUUCCUGGAUAACUUAAGUGGAAACACGUUUUAUUGCUUGCAAGUCUUCAUUGCUGCUGUGACAGAAUCCCCUCAUGAGAGUAGGAGAGGUGAUGGAAUUGAGCUGUGGUUGCCACAGUUUUACUGAAAAGAGAUUCAGAAAAGAAGUUCAGAUUUUUAUGUGAAACCAAUUCUUAUUACAAUUUAAUUGAGCUGUAUAGUUUGUAUGCAUUGAAAUGAACAUACCUAAAAUGUACAGCUUGGUAAAUUUUAAUACUUCUAAAGCCAUGGAAUCAUCAUCAUAAUAACAAACAUCCAUCAUUCCCAUAUCAGCUUCUGACAUCUCUCCCAGGACUCUCAGGUAGCUAGUAUUGAUUUACUUUUUUUUUUUUCCCCCAGCUAUGCUGCACAGCUUGUGUGAUCUUAGUUCCCCAACCAGGGAUUAUACCUUGGCUGUGGCAGUGAAAGCACAGAUUUCCAAUCCCUGGACUGCCAGGGAAGUCCUUUGAUUUACUUUUUUCCCAUUCAAUUAGGUAGUGUUUUCUAGACUUUUAAUAUCACUGUGAUCUUUUUUUUUUUUUUUUUUUUUUUUGCAGUACGCGGGCCUCUCACUGUUGUGGCCUCUCCCGUUGCGGAGCACAGGCUCCGGACGCACAAGCUCAGUGGCCAUGGCUCACGGGCCCAGCUGCUCCACGGCAUGUGGGAUCUUCCCGGACCGGGGCAUGAACCCGUGUCCCCUGCAUCGGCAGGCGGACUCUCAACCACUGCGCCACCAGGGAAGCCCCCAUCACUGUGAUCUUAAUGUUUACUUUUGUAUUUGUUUUCUUCUUUAACGAUGCAUAAUUAUAUUGAGAAUCAUCUAAUUUGUCUACAUGAAGAGAUCAUUUUUUAAAUAUCUGAAAAAUGUACUGUUUAAAUAUGCCAACAUUUGACUGUUUAUCCAUCUCUCUGUUAAAGGAUGAGGUUUUGUGGUUUGUUUCCAGUUUGGCUAUCACAGAUAAGCUUACUAUGAAUGUGUACAUAAAAUUCUUUAUACGAACAUAGGGAUUCUUAGUCUAAAGUGAGUGGCUGUACCCAUUUGCAUUCCCAUCAGCAGUAUGGGAGCAUUCCAGUUCCCCUGUAUUCCUUACCAGAACUAGGUUGGUAUGGUCUGUAUUUUUAAUAUUAUCUGUUUUAAAAGUGUGGAGAUGUAUCUCACUGUGGUCUGAUUGCAUUUCCCUAGUGAUUCAUGAUGUUGAACAUUUUUGUGUUCAUUUGUCAGAUGUAUGUCUUCUUUUUAGUACGUAAGAAGACAAUAAAUGUGUUGGAACUUGACUUUUCUUCAGUGACUUUGCUGGGUGGAAUAAAUGUUUCUGCUAUUCACAACAUUACUCACCAUGUGUAGUCCUCAUUAUUAGCAUAGUUUCCAUUACUUUAAGUCUAGACAGUUAGUAAAAAGAAAAAAAACCCGGCCAACCCUUGAUUAUUGCAUUUGCCAAUUUCCCUGGUAUAAAUGCUCCAACCCUGGGCAGUUUCAAGCUGUUAAUAUGAGGUUGUUACCAAACCAGAGUCAGAUCAAGCCAAGUGAAACCUCUGAGCUUCCCACAGUGAGACCAUGGGCACUGCUUCCUUUCCUGGUUUCCUGGCAUGUGUGUCAUUGGUGCCAGCACUGGGCUCUGUGCACUGUAUUCCUUCUCUCCCAGCAGUCCCAUCCUUGCUGCUCUGAGGUCUUAUAAGACAGGGCUCAGAAAUCUUGAUGUUUGUGUGAAAGAUCCCACCAGCCUUCCCUGUCCCUGGUUGGGUGACUCUGUCCAGAGGCAUGGAACCUUGGUGUCCCAGGCCUUCCACUGUCCUUUGCUGACAGACUCUGGGACCUGCUUAUGCCAGGAUGUUCACAUACUGACCUGGUCACUACUUGAGGGGACCACUGGCUUGUUUCCUUUAAGACCUUCCUUUAAUGUCCUUAUAAUUUUAGAAUGUGUGAUCUCAUGGGACGGGGCCCACUCCCUUUCCCUGUCUUUCCUCUUUGACUGGCCUCCUCAGGCCCAGGUGGUUUCUCACCUUGAGCAAUAGGAGGGCCCUGGGUGCCUGACAGGGUGGAUGUUUUUCCUGCAGCAUCAAGAGAGGCUGAAAUGAACGUGGCCCACGUGCGUGGGGGUGAGGAAAUGGUGAGGUAUCAGAGCUGGGUUCCCAUCACACCAGGCCUGUGUCCUAUAUCCACCAGUGUGUGGUACCAGUGACAGAUUUCAAGAGUUUCUACCUUUACUUUCUUGUUGAUGUUUUUUGUUUUGUUUUGUUUUAUAAGUUUAUUUUAGUUUAUUUAUUUAUUUUUGGCUGUGUUGGGUCUUCGCCACUGCGUGCGGGCUUUCUCUAGUUGGCGACGAGUGGGGGCUACUCUUCAUUGCAGUGCGCUGGCUUCUCAUUGUGGUGGCUUCUCAUUGCAGAGCAUGGGCUCUAGGCGUGCAGGCUUCAAGCAACAAGAAGCAGGCUUCAGUAGUUGUGGCAUGCGGGCUCAGAGCACAGGCUUAGUAGUUAUGGCACAUGGGCUUAGUUGCUCUGCGGCAUGUGGGAUCUUCCUGGACCAGGGAUCAAACCCAGGUCCCCUGCAUUGACAGGCGGGUUCUCAACCACUGCACCAUCAGGGAAGCCCGCUGUUGAUGCUGUGACUCUUCACUUCUGGCCCUGGUUCUCACCCAUUCCCUUCCACUGCUCCCUUUGCAGUGCUGUCAACAUUGACCUGCACUUAAAGUGUUGGGAUAUGUGCAUGUGUCCUUAAAUACUCCUUGUAGCCCAGCUGCUGUGAUGCAUUCAGACAUUCUGGGUCUGGACACAGCCUUCUACUCAUUGCUCACCAGUCACCAGUAGCCAGGCUUUGUUGAAAGGUAAGUUGAAGACCCUUCCUCGUGUUCUUACCCAUCGUCUGUGCUCUGCCAUCAGAUGAGCUUCCCAGGCUCAGCUCUGCACAGCAGGCCUUCCUCACACAGGCUCUGGCCCCAUGCAUCUCAACAAUCUUAAGGACUUACUGCUGGGUGUGUCUGAGACACAUUUCUGCUGGGGCCACGUUUAUUGGCAUGUCUCUCCUUUCAGGUUUUCAACAUGGAGCCCAGGAUGAGGAGGCGCUUUCAGAGAAAGGUGAUGCAGUUAUAGAGUCACAGGUCAAGACUCCAAAGCCAGGUCCAUCUAUCCAGAAGUCUCAUUCUUUUCUUUUCUUUUUUUAAAUUAAUUUAUUUAUCUUUUUAUUUUUGGGUGCAUUGGGUAUUCGUUGCUGCACAGGCUGUCUCUAGUUGCAGCACUCAGGGGCUACUCUUCAUUGUGGUGGCUUCUCUUGUUGUGGAGCACUGUCUCUAGGCACAUGGGCUUCAUUAGUUGUGGCAUCAGGGCUCAGUAGUUGUGGCUCAUGGGCUCUAGACUGCCUGCUCAGCAGUCGUGGCAUGGGCUUCGUGGCUCCGCUGCAUGUGGGAUCUUCCCGGACCGGGGCUCAAACCCAUGUCCUCUGCAUUGGCAGGAGGGUUCUUAACCACUGUGCCCCCAGGGAAGUCCCAGAAGUCUCAUUCUUAAUGUGAUGUGUGGCCCACUCUUGAAAGACAUUUUGCGCCUGGUUGAGUAUGAUGGGACACAGCGCGAGCAAGAGGUGUACCCGUGUGGUGAGUCUUUCCCAGCACCAAAAGGAGCCGAGUAGGAAGAAACUCCCCAGAUGGGAUGAAGGGAGGACUUCAUUGGUGAAGAACUGCAGCUUUCACGUGGCAGAAAGGACCUUGACGUGCUGAACGGGAGGGAAGGACUUUCCGGCCAGUUCAGGCCUUCUCCAGAACCAGGCCCCUCACACGAGGGAAGACAUACAGUGACAUGGAGGGCAGGGAGACCUUUGAAAGUGGAUAGAAUGAUUACAAGUGCAGUGAAUGUGGGAAAACCUUUAGCCAUGAACACAUACUUGUUGAGCACCAGAAAAACCAUUGCAGCGAAAGUGGGAAGACUAAUCAGACCAUUCCAUGUGGUUCAGCACCAGAAAAUCCACACUGAAACCAGGCUAUAUGAGCACCUUGGAUGUGGAGGGUUCUUUACACGAAGAUCUGGCCUCAUUUAACACCAGAGAGCUCACACUAGGCCAAUGUCUUAUGAGUGCAGCCAGUGUGGGAAGCACAUUAAAAGACCACUUUACGCUCAUUUUUCAUCAGAGCGUUCACAUGGGAGAAAAGCCAUAUAAAUGCAGUGAAUGUGGGAAAAGUCUGGUCUGAUUUAGCGCUGGGAAGUACUGCUAUGCAGGUGUUUAAAAUUUUUUUAAAUUGUGAUACAAUGCUUGUAACAUAGCAUUUACAGUCUUAACCAUAUUUAACUGUAAGUUUAUCGGUAAUAAUACAUUCACCUUUUGUGCAGACAAAUAUUCAGAAGUAUUUUCAUCUUAUAAAACUGAAAGUAAACCCAUUAGACAACAACUCCUCAUCCCCGCUCUCUUAUCCCCUGACAACAACUAUUCUACUUUCUAUCUAUGAAUUUGUCCACUCUGGGUACCUUAUAUAAGAGUCAUAAAGGUUUUCUCCUCUUGUGGCUGGCUUAUUUCACUGAAGACAAUGUCCUCAAGUUUCAUCUGCGUCCUAGCAUGUGUCAGAAUUUCCCAUCUUUUUUGAGUGAUUAGUACUCCAUUUUAUGUAUAAGCUACUUUUUCUGUAUCCCUUCAUCAGUGAGCUCUUGGGUUGCUUUCACUAUUUGGCUAUUGCGUAUAAUGCUGUUGUAAGCACAAUUGCACAAAUAUUUCUUUGAGGCCCUGGUUUCUGUCCUUUUUAGGUAUGUUUCCAGAUGGAAAAUUGUUGGAUCAUUAUUUCAAUAUGUAAAUUUCUUGAGGAACUAAGGGGCUGUUUUCCAUAGUAGCUGUACCAUUUUACACCGAUACAGCUAUAUCAUGUAAGGUGCAUGUGCAACUUCAUUCUUUUAUGUAUGGUUAUCUAGUUUUUUCAACACCACCUGCUGAAAAAACUCAUUUCUCUUUGAAUGGUCUCUGCACCCUUUAAAAACAUCUGAGUAUGUAUGCGAAGGUUUGUUUCUGUGCUCUUUUAUUCCAUUCUCCUAUAUGUUUGUGUAUGUCAAUAACACAGCAUUUUGAUAUAUACUUUUUAAGUUUUUGAAAGUGGUUUGACUCAGUUUUGAAGCCCUGGCAGGAGAAGAACUGUCCAUUCCCCUUCUAGAACAGCUGAUGAAGCCCACAACCCCAACCACUUUCCUUAUCAGGCUCUCAUUCUCUGGACUACCAGACACGAAGGUGUCAGACAUUUAGUGAUAGCUCCUAUGUUCUGGAACCCAUACAAUUAUUCAAAAUAGCCAAUCCACAGACAGCUCAUGAAACCUAGCUAAUCCCAUCACUCUUGACAAAUAUAAACUGCCCACCACAGCUCCAGCUUUCUGUUAAUCCUGUCCCUGGGCUCAGCCCUCUUUGUUGGCCUGUCUAACGUCUUUCAUUCUGAGCUGUAAGUAACAAAGUGUUCUGUCUUUCAUGUAUCCCAGUAUCAUUGUGCUGUGUAUUCCACCAUCAAGAAACUUUUGGUCUUACAGAACUAUUCCACACCCAGCAGGGUAUUAGGAGUACGGCAGAUGUUGGACAGUCUUCAGCCACUAGUCUGUCUCCAUUCAGCACAAGGAAGCUCACACUGGAGAAAGACGUUACACGUGCAGCCACUGUGCUCUUGGCUUUUUAACAUAAUAACAGAUGUAAGCUCUGGAGAUUAGCCCCUGUGAGGGAGAUAUCCCCCAGAAACUGCAUCUUGUACAUCCAGACGUCCUCACUGGGAGAUUCACGGUAAGGGCCAGGUUUGUGGGAAACUGGUGAAUUCUGUUGCACUUUCAGACCUGCCUGGGGCCGUCACUGGAGUUCUGUCACUGCCCAUGUGUAUUAUAGAAGCCACUCUCCUGGUAUUAGCUGGCAGGGAUUAUGGUCACUAUAGUUAGUAAUACUGUAUUGGGUGUUUAAAACUUGCUAAGAGUAAAUCAUAGAAGUUCUCAACACAAAAAAACUUAUGUAACUAUGAGGAAAACGUGAAGUAGACCUAUUGUGGUGAUCAUUUUGCAAUAUAAACCAAUACUGAAUCAUUAUGUUAUACAUCUGAAACUAAUAAAUGUUAUAUGUUAAUUAUAUCUCAAUUUUUUUUAGAAAGCAGAGAGAACAGAUUGCUGUAGUCUCUUGCUUUUCCUGGAGUAUUCGCCAGCCAUUUGAGCCCUUUGGUGAGAUCUCAUGCCCACCCCUUUGAUUUGUUCAGGUGUGGACAUCACCCACUUUGGACAGAGGACUCCAUCAGCUGUUGGCUGGCAGCUUACAGAGGUUUCGCUUGUUUCAGGGUCAUUAUUGAUUGUCUUAUGACAUUCUUGACAGAUUUUUUCGAGCCUCAAUUUUACCCACCCUAGGAACUGCUCACCUUGCUGGGUUUUGCGAUAAAGUUAUUAUUGGGUGUUUUUCUUUGUUUCUUUCUUUUUUAUUGAACUACAGUUGAUUUGCAGUGUUGUGUUUAUUACUGGUAUACAGCAAAGGGAUUCAGAUAUAUGUAUUUUUUUCCCAUAUGGUUUAUCACAGGAUUUAAAAUAAACAAAUAAAUAAAUUUAAUUAUU